AUGGACGUGAGUGAUGAUGAAGCUGAUUUAGGGCGCAAUGAUACAAUGAACACAUCAGAAGAAUGGAUUCCUAUGUGUGAUGAAGAAUUGAAACCAGUAGUUGGAAAGGUGUUUGAUACUUUAGAAGAAGGAGAAAGCUUUUAUAAAAGGUACACACUCACUGUUGGUUUUAGUGUUCAUAACUCAUCUCAAGUAAAAGAUAAAUACGGAUUGAAAUGGAGGUAUUUUGUUUGCUCAAAAGAAGGAUUCAAAGCACAGAAAAAGGAUGUUGUGACUGAUUUGCUUAUUGAUGAAAAAAAUUUGCCUAAAAGUAGAAGAAGUAAAAUAACAAGGGAAGGAUGUAGUACAAAAGUUGCUUUCAAGAGGAUAGAAGAUGGAAAAUAUGAAGUUAAACGAUUCGAUGAAGGUCAUACUCAUGCAUUAGCGACGCCUAGAAAGAAACAAUUCUUGAGAUCUGCAAGGAGUGUAAACAGUGUUCAUAAGAACUUGUUGUUUUGCUAUAAUAGAGCUAACGUAGGACCUUCAAAAUCUUAUCAAUUACUAAAAGAGCAAGUCGGUGGUUAUGAUAACAUAGGGUGCACAAAAAGGGAUCUCCAAAAUUAUUGUAGGGAUUUGAAAGAGUUGGUCAAAGACUCUGAUGCACAUAUGUUUGUUGAUAAUUUUAGAAGAAAACAUGAUAUGAACCAUUCAUUUUAUUAUGACUAUGCCGUUGAUGAUGAAGGAAAGCUGAAAUAUGUGUUUUGGGCAGACGGUCUUUGUCGAAAAAAUUAUUCUUUGUUUGGGGAUGUGGUUUCUUUUGAUACAACAUACAGUACCAAUAAGUAUUGCAUGAUUUUUGCACCAUUCACCGGCGUAAAUCACCAUCGACACAACAUAACAUUUGGGGCUGCCUUCUUAAAAGAUGAAAAGAUGGAAUCAUUUGUCUGGUUGUUUGAAACAUUUUUGAAAGCAAUGGGAGGACAUAAACCUAUUGUGAUCAUAACAGAUCAAGACCCAGCUAUGAAGGUCGCAAUGGACAAGGUGUUCACAGGUUCUUCUCAUAGAUUUUGCAUGUGGCAUAUUCUAAAAAAGCUUUCAGAAAAGGUGGGUGCUUCAUUGAAUGAUGAUGCUGAUUUUAACCGUCGUUUUAAGUCUUGUGUUUGGAAUUCAGAGUCUCCAGAAGAGUUUGAAUUGAGGUGGGAAAAGGUUAUUAGUGCUUAUAAUUUAGAAGGAAAUGGUUGGCUCUCCCAAAUGUAUGACAUACGAAGUAUGUGGAUACCAGCUUAUUUUAGAGAUUUGUUUUUAGCUGGAAUUUUGAGAACCACAUCCAGAUCAGAAAGUGAAAAUUCAUUCUUUGGUAAUUUCUUGAGUAAAAAUCUUAGCUUGGUAGAGUUUUGGAUGAGAUUUGAUUCUGCAAUGGAAUCACAAAGGCAUAAAGAGUUACUUGCAGAUCAUGAUACACUUAAUGCAGUGCCUGAAUUGAAGUUGCAUAGGGAUAUAGAGAAACAUGGUAGAAAAGUUUAUACUUGA